AUGUGUAACUACUUUUUUAUUGUUUGUGGAGUGAGUAAUUUAGAGUGUAAUCAGCCAGAUGAUGUUUGUGGAGUGAGUAAUUUAGAGUGUAAUCAGGCAGAUGUUGAUGAUGUUUGUGGAGUGAGUAAUUUAGAGUGUAAUCAGGCAGAUGAUGUUUGUGGAGUGAGUAAUUUAGAGUGUAAUCAGGCAGAUGAUGUUUGUGGAGUGAGUAAUUUAGAGUGUAAUCAGCCAGAUGAUGUUUGUGGAGUGAGUAAUUUAGAGUGCAAUCAGCCAGAUGAUGUUUGUGGAGUGAGUAAUUUAGAGUGUAAUCAGCCAGAUGAUGUUUGUGGAGUGAGUAAUUUAGAGUGUAAUCAGCCAGAUGAUGUUUGUAGAGUGAGUAAUUUAGAGUGUAAUCAGCCAGAUGAUGUUUGUGGAGUGAGUAAUUUAGAGUGUAAUCAGCCAGAUGAUGUUUGUGGAGUGAGUAAUUUAGAGUGUAAUCAGUCAGAUGAUGUUUGUGGAGUGAGUAAUUUAGAGUGUAAUCAGCCAGAUGAUGUUUGUGGAGUGAGUAAUUUAGAGUGUAAUCAGCCAGAUGAUGUUUGUGGAGUGAGUAAUUUAGAGUGUAAUCAGCCAGAUGAUGUUUGUGGAGUGAGUAAUUUAGAGUGUAAUCAGCCAGAUGAUGUUUGUGGAGUGAGUAAUUUAGAGUGUAAUCAGCCAGAUGUUGUUUGUGGAGUGAGUAAUUUAGAGUGUAAUCAGGCAGAUGUUGGUGAUGUUUGUGGAGUGAGUAAUUUAGAGAGUAAUCAGCCAGAUGAUGUUUGCGGAAUGAAUAAUUUAGAGUGUAAUCAGGCAGAUGUUGGUGAUGUUUGUGGAGUGAGUAAUUUAGAGUGUAAUCAGGCAGAUGAUGUUUGUGGAGUGAGUAAUUUAGAGUGUAAUCAGCCAGAUGAUGUUGUUUGUGGAGUGAGUAAUUUAGAGUGUAAUCAGCCAGAUGAUGUUUGCGGAAUGAAAAUUUAG